CCGGGAGAACAUAGACGUCUUUUCUGUGGUUCCCGAGACAUUCUCUCUGAAGAAGCAGCUGCACAGGUGAAUUGAUGGCUUCAGAGUGUUUUUGUAUCUGCUCAACUUUCAGGCCAUUUUCUCCAGCCUCUUGGUAUGUGGCAAAAUCUUCAUUUGGUAAGUAAAGUCAGGAGGGGAAGGAGUUGAUGGGUGUGUUGAUGGCAUUUAAGGUGGCAGCUCACAUGCCCUCUGAGAUAGGGUUGGAGUCUAGGGAUGAGGAGAAUGGCGUCGGGGAGCCUUCCUUGGCUGGUCUUUGGUUUAGUGAACUUGUCACAUCUCCCUUCACUGUGCAGCACACUGUGUGCAUUAUCUCUUCUAAUCAACGGUGGGUUAUAUUAGAGUGCGUCUCCACCUUCUCCACAUAACGUUCUUGAUGUGCAACGCUGUGGUUAGAAAUAGCCUUCAGUGCUGCUUUAGUCCCUGGAUCUCCUUUUUAGAGACUCAUCUUGGUGUUUUCUGAUUUCUCCACUGCCAGUUUACAAAGUUUUGGUUUAUUAAUUCCCCCCAAGUAAUGAGGGUAAGGGUGGGUUAAUUGAGAGAAUGUUGAAAUGCAAGGAACUCCCCAAACUGCCUUGGUUAAAUUAACAUUUGCAGUUUUUUCUGUCUUUAAAAGACAUAGUGGGAGAAUCCUAAUAUCUGUGAUUCAAAUUAUUUAACAAAACCUUCCUAUGAUUGCAGAUUCGAAUAGGUCGCAUUUGUUUAAAAAAUUUUUUUUUCGGAGAUUAGGUUGAUUGAAGAAUCAAAUCUUAAUUUGAAAUACACAGGUCAUAUUUUUGGCCAGGUUGUAUGGUGAUGCUUUUGUGACUCAGACUCUGCUGGUGUCAACUGGAUUGACCUUUUGGUGUGUCUUGUGACCUCUUGCUCCUUCUGUGCCAUGAUUUUUGCUUGUUUUUAGGGCAAGUUUCUCAUUGCUUACCCAGCUUCCGUGUUGAAGGGCUUCCUGAUGAUGACAUUCUGAGAUGAAAGGGAGAUACAUUAUAUCCAAGGCCCCAGUGUCGCUAAACACCUGGGAUCUGCGCUUUAGACGAUUAAUCUACCAGCUUUGCGCUGUGGAAUUGGGGAUGGAGGUCAAGAUACUUUCACAUUGGCCACAGGGAUACUUCCAGUGAGAAAAGAGAAUUCCUGCCAGGAAAGGGUCGCCACUCACGUGUUCAGCCUGUUGGGAUGUUCCUAGGAGGUUCCCAGUGUUGUCUUUUGGGGCGUUGGGUCACCACUGGAGACCUGCUGUCCACCCUGUCCCCCCACAAGGUACAACCAGAUUUGAACAUGGAAUUCAAUCCUUCAGACCAUCCUCGGGCUAGCACAAUAUUCCUCAGCAAAUCUCAGACGGACGUGAGAGAAAAGCGCAAGAGUCUCUUCAUUAACCAUCAUCCUCCAGGACAAAUAGCAAGGAAAUACAGCUCCUGCUCCACUAUUUUCCUAGAUGAUAGCACAGUCAGUCAACCAAACCUCAAGUAUACAAUUAAAUGUGUAGCUCUCGCAAUAUAUUAUCACAUAAAAAACAGGGACCCAGAUGGAAGGAUGCUCUUAGAUAUUUUUGAUGAAAACCUUCACCCUCUUUCGAAAUCCGAAGUGCCACCAGAUUAUGACAAACACAACCCAGAGCAGAAACAGAUUUACCGGUUUGUUCGGACGCUCUUCAGUGCUGCUCAGCUGACAGCUGAAUGUGCCAUUGUCACCCUGGUAUACCUUGAAAGACUUUUAACGUAUGCAGAGAUAGAUAUCUGUCCAGCCAACUGGAAGCGAAUUGUACUAGGGGCGAUUCUGCUGGCCUCCAAAGUGUGGGACGACCAGGCGGUCUGGAAUGUGGAUUACUGCCAGAUCCUGAAAGAUAUCACGGUCGAAGACAUGAACGAGCUAGAGCGACAGUUUCUUGAAUUGCUCCAAUUCAACAUCAACGUUCCUUCCAGUGUCUAUGCCAAGUAUUACUUUGAUCUUCGUUCUCUGGCAGAAGCAAACAACCUGAGCUUUCCCUUGGAGCCCCUUAGCAGGGAGAGAGCUCACAAACUUGAGGCCAUCUCCCGCCUCUGCGAGGACAAGUACAAGGACCUGAGAAGAUCCACGAGGAAGCGGUCGGCAAGCGCCGACAACCUGACUCUGGCCAGGUGGUCUCCGGCCAUCAUCUCCUAACAGCCGGUGUCCUCUCCGAAGGACCCGGCCAUCCCGCCAGUCUCUCCUGCAGUCUGAGAGAAGACAAGACUUGGGGUGGGGUUCUGUUUUUGUUUUUGCUUUUGUUUCUCCCUUUCCUUUUCUUUUUUUAAUCCUUAGCUCCAUCAGGCUGCCUUGACGAUGCCUCCACGCAGCAGGGCUUCAAGGGAUGCGAGAGCAGUAUUCAGGAAAUCCCGUUUCCGGCCUUUCCCCGUUGUCAUUAACAGCACUUCCCUUGGUGGAGGAAACACUGACGCUGCUCCUGAAGGAGGAAACGGGAAAAGGAAAGUGGUGUGGAGGCAGGGGAAAUGUUUAAAUGGCUUUCUGCCAUUUCUUAAGCCCACCGUCUCGACAGUAAGUCAGCACAACAAGAAAAGCGGUAGAUAAACCACAUUGGAUGAGCAUUAAAGAGACCGAGUGGCCAUGUUUUAUCCUAACUUGUUUGGAUCAGUAAGACCGAUUUUCCAUAGGACUUUUUGCAUUCCUUCUUGCUGCUUUUUUUGGGCUUGGGGGAUUUUUAUUUCUUUUCAUUCUGUUUUGGUUUGGGUCCCACAGAGCGGAGACUGGAUGUAGUUUGUACCCUCCAUGGCACAGACAUCCAAAUAAAUAGUAAUGGUUGUUUCUCUCUGCACUAUUCCUGAGAGCUGUCUUCUGAGCUGUCUUUCUCGACAGGUGUGAUGCACUUGUUAUAUUUCUUUACACGUUUAUUUUGUAUGUUUUUUUCCCCCUUCAACAAUGACAAAAUUAACUUGACUGUAGUGCUGAACCAAAAGUAUCCCUUUCCUUCUUUCUUCACCCCAAGAAACUUCUAGAACAUAUGGGUGCUUGUGCCUUCCUGUUUUCUUGCAGCUUUUUUGUUUUCCCUGACCUGAAGUUGCAGUUACAAAAUCAGUCAGACUUUGUAGACUGAAGGAAACAAUGUGCAGCAAAGGGUGUCAUCUGGUUGAGGUGUCUUUUCCCAAUGUGCUAGAGUGAUGGAGUCGGGAGCCCUUUUUGUACAUCCUGCCCAGUUCAUUCUUCCACUUUCAUGCCCAUUGUUGCAAGCAAUAUUCUCGAUUUUUAUAUGUUUACUUUAAAUCAAAGUUAGUCUAUUUGUAUAAAAUUUUUUAAAAAUCUAAAAUGAAAAAAAAAGGGUGGGUGGGUAUUCCAGUGGGAAGAUCACUGGACAGCAAAAUGUUAAUAUUUACUGAGGUAUUUUUCACAGAAUGAUUGAAUAAAAAAACUCAACUUGCAUUUUUCAUUGUGGGUGCUUAGAGAAGUUAUACAAAGUGCAAACUGUGAAGUUUCUGCUUCAUUAAUUAUUAGUGUACUUUUUCAUUUUCUGACUAUCCCUGAUUUCCUUACAGGCUUGAUAAGGAUUUUUUAUAUCAAGUGAUAUAAAAGGGUUCAUGAAUAUCAUAUCGAAGAGUAAACUUGAUAUUGUACAAGAACCUGAAUCAUCAAAGUAUAUAGUGCUUUUUGGUUUUUUGCAUACUUUCGUGGGUCACGACGACGGAGUUUUCAGAGUUUUUCCCUUUCUCAAGUAUCGCUGAUGAGAAUGGCAACAGAUGGCCUGUGUUUCACCUUAUCCAUAUACGAACUUGGAAAACUUUGGAAUCUUCUAUUAAUUAGGCUUGAAGACCCUCAAAUCAUAUGCCUGAUCCACCAAACAGGCUUCCUCUCAAUGAAGCCUGCCCUGGAAAUGGAAGGGACUCAGAAAAUUGAAAUACCAGUAACACCAAACCAAAAUCUCUAGGCAGAUGUAAAUGAAAUUUGUAUCAUGUAUAAACAUGACUGUUUGGGGCAGAAAUAUCAUCAAGUUGUCUCUGGCCUAAAAUUUCAAAAGCAGAGUAUAAAGUUAAUUAUCUUCCCAUUGUAAUUGUGUUGAUAUACUCUGUUUGAGUACCAAAACCAGUUUCUUCAAGUAAGAGUUGGAUUUAGAACUUUAAAUAGAGCUCUAAAAAUGUAGAAAAUAUCACUUUAUAUUCCCUAAUCUAUAUAGCUUACAAAGGGACAUAUUUUCUUAGCAGCAUAUGAAUACCUCUCAAGCGUAAAUUAGUUCCUCUCAUUAUGUAAAGUCUCUUUAUUUUAUUGAUCCAUUUCAGGAAAGAGGUUCUGCUUACCUUUCCAGCAGAAAUCUUAUUUUUAUCUGUUUUAUUUGAAUGAGAGAGAUUUGAAAUUUGAAUUAUGUAAAUAUUUCAAUGCAUCUGCUAUUAUUUUGUGGAGUUUAUUAAACUACUUAAAAAUUGUAUAGUCUAUUUAUCGUACGUAUGUACAUACAGUCUGAUACAUAAAAUUCCAAGUGGAUUCCGUCAAACCUGGCUCAGUCUUGUUUAGACCAUUGCAUAUCGUUUUAGCCUUGUGCACUGGGCUCUACCUCUGUAUAGGAAACUUUUCCAUGUUCGUUGAUUAGUAUCGAUUCUGUAUUAACUUGGUUAUGUUUCCUGCACUAAGAAUUUUUAAACCUCUGCUGUAAGUGUAGAUUUUAGUUUUACUUUUGCAGUAUGAAUCACUUGACACACAUAUAGAUACCCUAGGUUUAUUUUGUUUUUUUUCUACAUGGUGAUGAAGACUUACAUUUUGUUCUCUGGUUUGUUCUAAGUUUGCCAAAAAAAAAAAAAAAAAGUACAGUACCUAUUGAUAAAUUGUAGUGACUGUAAUUUGUUUCCAAGGUGAUU